AUGAGGCGCGUGAAUUUCUUAAACGAGCAGACCGUCGAGUUCCGCAUCUUCGACUACGGGAUUGGAGACAUCAGGCAGCGGCGCCGGAUCAAGGCAAAGGCGUCGCACCUCGACCGGCUCUUCGGUGCCACUAACGCGUUCCACUGCGCCUUGCUCUUUGAUCGCCCGAUGGUUCGCCACGCGGAGAUGUGCACGCAGUUGCUCGCGUCGUUGUUCGGCGAGUUCGAGUGGGGUAAACCUCCGCUGGAUUCUGAUCGUGUCCUACAGACGCAUGCGAUUGCAGAAGUCAUGUGCGACGACAUAUUGUGCACCAUGGGUAACCGGCCCCUGCUGCUGUUCACCGACCCCGACAUCAGCGAGGUAUUGCGCAACACCACGAGCCUGUCGAGUGCCCACUUUGCGAAGGCAACUUCGAAGUGUGGAAGCAUGCCCAGCCGCGCGACUUCAGACAGGGACGACAACAUCUUCCGCUUGUUGAUGUGCACCACUAAGGUGGUCAUCAAGAGCGCGACCGACCUCCGCAUGGUGAGCGCUACCGUGUACCGCGCAGCCAAGGGCAAGUCUGAGACCCCCAUCGUCGAAACGACCCAGGCCACGAUGCUCAACGAGUUUUUCACCGCCCACCCACCGAAGAAUGACAUCCUCGUCAAGCGCAUUCUGUGUUUCAAGGCGCAGGGCGCUUGGAACCGAAAGAUGCGCAAGGUGUUCAUCCAGCUCUACAAGGAGAUCGAGAACAUCGAGAGCUUCAUCAUGGACCACCUCAUCGCGACGGGCGGCACGGAGGUCAAUGCCGGCAGCCCCGCCGCCGAGGCGGGGCUGGAGGUAUUCUUCGACUUUAUCGUCGAGAUCUCUGGCGUGAAGAUGGCCGCCGACCAGUCCGUCUUCUUCGAGAAGAUACGGGAGGCAGAGGGCAUCGGCGCGACUCUGGUCGUGCACAACAUCCGCACGCACAAGUCCCGGUCGGUGACGGUGUACCCCAGGAAGUGGGGCGGGGCGGGCCUCUUGGGGGCUGUGGUUCGGUAUGACUCCCUGGAGAGCACGGACAACCAGGGCAUCCGGGUGUUGGACGUGUUCGAGAACUCGCCGGCGAAGGCGGCGGGGCUCAUCCCGUACAAGGAUUACCUGCUGGGCACCACGGAAGUCAUGUUCCGCGACCUGGACGAGCUCGUGGAGAUCGUGAACCUCUGCCUCGGCAGGAGCAUACAGAUCUACGUGUACAACAGCGACACGGAGCAGAUCCGCGAGGCCUCCCUGAUCCCGAACGACAAGUGGGGCGGCGGUGGCGCCAUCGGGGCGGACAUUCGCUCGGGGCUGCUGCACCGCAUUCCGGCGCCUCGGCGCCCGUUCGCCACCACACAGGUUUCGGCGUCCGCCUGCCAAGGGCUGUCACCCAGUGGCACCGUCCACCCCGCCUCCCCGUCGGCGCCGCCCCACUCGGUGCCUGCAACGCCGCCGCCGCCGCUCGGCCCCGCGGCCGCCCCGCCCGCCGCCGCGCACGCGCACUGGCCGCCUGCAGCCCCGCCGGCGACGCCGCCAGCGGCAGCGGCCGCGGCGGCCGCGGGGGCAGCGGCGCUGGCGGGCGAAGGCCCACCGCCCGCGGCGCUGGAGGCGGCCGCCGCCGCGGCGGCCCAGGCGGUGCCCGCAGAGGAGCCCGCCUCUGUGGCGGCGGCCCCCGCCCGGGCGCCGCCCGCGCCGGCAGAGAGCGGGCUGCGGCUGCCAGCGGCGGCGGUGGAGCAGGCUGCCGCCCCCGGCAGCGACACGGCGGUGCUCGUGGACCAGGCCUCCUCGGCGCUCGCCGCGCUGGGCCCCGUCGGCGGCGAGCUCGCCUCGCCGGCGCGGAGGCCCCGCUCGGCGGCGGGCCGGGGCGACGGCGCCUCGCCGGCGCGGUCGCCGGCGGAGCCCAGGGUGCCGCCGAGCACGCCGAUGGACUCGGUGGAGGCGGCCGCCUGGGGCGACGCGCCCGCCUGCCCGGCGGCCUCGGCGGCGGGCGUGGUCGGCGCGCCGCCGGAGGUGGCGCACGGCGGGCGGGCGGCGGAGGGCCUCCCGCUCGCCCCCGGGGUGAUCUACGAGGUGCGCGCGGCGGGCGCCGGCGCCCCGUGA